AUGGUCGUCUACUACCAGAUCGCCGGCAAGCAGGUCGGCUCCCACGUUCUCGCCAUGAGCGUUCUCGGUGCUCUCUUCGGCGGUGUUGGUCUUGCUACCCGUGGUGGUGGCCAGCCCAAGCCUGCCACCCCUCCCAUCCAGGCUUCCUCCAAGGAUGAGGAGACCUUCAUCCAGUACGUUUCACCUCUGAGACAGAUGGACAUAUCUGCAAUCAAAUACUAUGCACGAUCUGGUUGGGGUGCUGGAACGCAAGCUAAUGUUUCUCACAGGGACUUCUUGAAACAAGUGAACGGAGACGAGAAAAAGAAGGACCAUUAG